UGUAGAAAAUUGAUUUUUUCUUCACAACAAUCUGCAAUCCGUGUCCCGCCAGCGACCAGGCAACGGGUGGAUAUAAAUGCGAGAAUCCGUUUGCUGACAUGUGGUGCUCGCACGCAACGGGAACCUUCUCUUGUGUUCAGUGUUUGUUGCGGUGAAAGUGUUUGCAUCCCGGAUCCGACCGUGGGAGCCCCGUUUUCUACAUCCGCACAGUUUCGCCUGCGACCCAAGAUUGUGCAUCGUGAAUUACGCUGCAUUUCUAGCGGUGAAUCCAUCGUAACGUAGUAUCGAGUGUUUCGAGCACCGCGUAGCGCGUAGCAACAAUGGCCAGUCCACGUACACGUCGGGUGCUGAGUGAGUUGAAGCCAUCUGAUGGAAACAAUAAAUGCUUCGAAUGUGGAACACACAACCCGCAAUGGGUUUCGGUCACGUACGGAAUCUGGAUUUGCCUCGAGUGCUCCGGCAAACACCGUGGGCUCGGUGUGCACCUCUCGUUCGUUCGCUCCGUUUCGAUGGACAAGUGGAAGGACAUCGAGCUGGAAAAGAUGAAGGCCGGUGGAAAUCUGCGGGCAAGACAGUUUUUCGACUCGCAAGACGACUGGGACGACACGCUGCCGAUUCAGCGCAAGUACAAUACGCGUGCCGCGGCCCUGUAUCGGGAUAAAAUCAGUACACUAGCGCAGGGCGAACCGUGGGACGAAUCGUCCGCUGCGGGACGCUUGAAGGCGGCCGGAUUUUCCGGAGCAAACAGCCAGAGCACCGGCAACGGGUCCAGCUCACUUUCACAUUCCAGAAGUAGCGGUUCGAUGGGAGGCGGCUAUCAAAAUGGCAGUGAGCCGUCGUACUAUCAGGACGGUGGCAGCUACCAACAGUAUCAAACGCCCGAGUUUAAGGCACAGAAGGAGGACUUCUUUAGCCGCAAACAGGAGGAGAACGCUUCCCGGCCCGAGAACUUACCGCCAAAUCAGGGAGGAAAGUAUUCCGGCUUCGGCUACUCGAUGGAUCCUCCGCCGCGCAGUCAAUCACACGAACUCUUCGAUUCAGUUCAAUCAUCGCUGGCUACGGGUUGGAACGUGUUCUCGAAGGUAGCAAACGUCGCGAAGGAAAAUGCCCUCAAGUAUGGAAGUAUGGCUUCGCAAAAGGUAGUAGAAGUUUCUGGAACCGUUUCGGAGAAGGUUAAGGAGGGUACUCUGCUGGAAGGUGUAGGUUCGCAGGUGACAAACCUGGCGUCCAAGGUAACCGAGGUCAGCCGUAAAGGUUGGGGCGGAUUGAGUGGACCCGGUGGUAGCUACAGCACACCGUCGGGUAGCAACGAUCAGUAUAGCAACAUUUCGGCGGACAGUGGCAUCAGCAGUCCGAUGAUGAAUGGCCGGCAAGGUUACCAACAGCAACGCUCCGGGGACGAUAGCAAUUCCAAUAGCUUGCCACAAUCGUAUCAGAAUUCCAGCAACGGUUCUGUCGGUGGAGACGACGAUGACGGUUGGACCGGUUUUGAGUCGUACUCCUCGUCAACCGGUCCCCAAGCCACAGCUCCAUCAUCGGCCGGUGUUAACAGUGUGGACGUACGGAACGAUAACAUUGAGCGCCAGUCAAAGGCCGGCGGCUCACGACGUACGAGUGGUGGUAAGGCGAAAACGCAGUCCAGUGUUGAGCAGGACUUUGCAUCCCUUGAUAUUAAAAGCAACCGAGCGCCAAAGAGCGCCAGCGGCACUUCCAAGAAGGCGAACAACAACGCCGAGGACGAUCUGUGGAACAUGCUGAACAACUAAACCAAACACCGCGCACCGCUCUGAUAAGGUGCAGUCUGUGUGAAGGAUUUUAUUGAAUCAACCUAUGAAAAUUUGCCAGAUAUGACUUAUUAUCCAUUACUAGGCUCCAGUUUUCCCUCCGGAUUGUAAUCCCCAUCCUCUGACCAUGUGUCCUCUGUUGUAUCAUAAGAGAGUAUAUAAAGUGUAUGGUUCUGGGGCGGCUCGGAGCCGAAUGCAUUCGUUCAGAUCUGCCGGUGGUAGCAUUAAAGAGCAAAUUAGGAAAAUAUAUCUUAGACGAAAAAAGGUUAGCUGGAGAGAGAUAAAAAAGAAGUGAGUAAAGAGACAACACAAUAUUAAAGAAAAAGUGGUAAAUAUAUACACAUAUUCUAUAUUGUAGGUGAAAGGACCACAGUGGUGUGGAGUGGCCUUGGCUUGGCCCUGUCCUGUCUCCAUGCCACGGGCCCGUUUAGCAAAAUGAUUAUGUUUAUGCGAGGAGAAAGGUGUAUAACCAAGAAGAUCUUAAUUAUAAUCGCAAACAAGA